AUGGACUCAGGAGGCAGUGGCGUGAUGCGGUUAGAGGGCAGUAACUCAACCAAUAAUCAAGUCGUGAAUCCUAUCGUUAUUCAGAGUGAUGCGUCUGUUGUACCCAAUACCGUGAAGUUAAAUGGAUCAAAUUAUCCUCUUUGGUCCAAGGUUUUGGAGAUGCACAUCGCUGGACGCGGUAGAAAGGGCUUUGUGACUGGGAGUACCAAGGAGCCUGCUGAGACUAGUGCUGAGUAUGAGACGUGGGAGACAGGGAAUGCAAUAGUAAAAGGGUGGUUGAUCAACUCCAUGGAACCUACUAUUAUGGGUUUUUUCAUUCACCUACGUACUGCUAAAGAAGUGUGGGAAGAGGUAGCUCGGACCUAUUAUGAUGGGUCAGAUAUUUCUCAGAUUUAUGAAUUAAAGGUUAAAUCGUUCAGACUCCGUCAAGAGGGUCGGCCAGUUGGUGUGUAUUAUGCUGAUCUCAAGUCCGUUUGGCAGGAGUUAGAUCAGCGGAGACCAAUCCAGAUAGUAUGUGCAGUGGACCUCAAGACGCUUCGAGAAGAAAUUCAGAUUGAUCGUGUGUACGCCUUUUUGGCAGGAUUGGAUGAUGUGUUUGAUAAAGUGCGUAGUGAUAUUUUACGUACUCAACCUUUACCUUCUGUUGAAGAGGUGUUUUCUGUUGUUCGACGUGAAGCUCAACGACAUGCUACCAUGAUGGGUGGAAGUAACAAUCAAUGA